GCUUACUCUUUUGUUAUUACUUAAUCACAGCUUCUAUCAACACCGCUGACGUCGCGUCGUUAUAUUCUACCUCACCGCCAUCGGCCGACGUCCUCCCUUCUUCUUUCAUAAUUCAUAUCACAUCUCAAAUCCUGAUUAUUUUCCCUUUAAUUUAUACCCUUUUCGUGUUUAUAUACUUGCAAGUUCGUAUUUGGGUAAAUUCAAUUUCAAGCUAAUUCUUUUUAAAUAAAAGGAGGAAAAACAGAUUUUAUAGUGAAAAUCAUGAAGGUCGUACACCGAGACCUAGUUCCCAAUGGCCCUGGCAGCGUCAAGAUGAUACCAGUGGAUUCAGAGGAUCUCUGGUUUGCUUACAAUUUGAUAGCUACUGGGGAUUGGGUUAUGGCUCGAACCGUCAGGAAAGUUCUAAGGGAGACAGCCGGUGGAAGAGAUGCAGAGCGUGUUGCCCUGAAGUUGGAAAUAAAAGUCGAGGCCAUAGAUUAUGACAAAGAAGGAUCUGUCUUGCGUAUAAGGGGAAAGAACACCUUGGAGAAUGAGCAUGUUAAGAUAGGACAAUUCCAUACUCUCGAACUUGAGCUUCAGCGACCUUUUGUUUUAAGAAAGAAAAUAUGGGACUCAUUGGCAUUAGAUGUUCUCCGGCAGGCCUCUGAUCCUGGUGCGAGUGCAGAUCUGGCUGUGGUACUAAUGCAAGAAGGGCUAGCAAAUAUUUUGCUUGUUGGUAAAAGUAUGACAAGUACCCGUUCACGGAUUGAAACUUCAAUUCCUCGUAAGCAUGGACCUGCCAUUGCUGGUUAUGAAUCGGCUUUGAAGAAGUUCUUUGAGAAUGUUCUACAGGCUUUCCUCAAACAUGUUGAUUUCAAUGUUGUUCGCUGUGCUGUUAUUGCUAGUCCUGGCUUCACAAAGGACCAGUUCCAUCGUCAUCUUAUGUUGGAGGCAGAAAGAAGACAAUUGAGGCCAAUUAUUGAGAAUAAGUCGCGAAUAAUUCUUGUACAUACUAGCUCCGGAUAUAAGCAUAGUUUGAAAGAAGUCUUGGAUGCCCCAAAUGUUAUGAGCAUGAUAAAAGACACCAAAGCAGCGCAAGAGGUCCGAGCUCUCAAGGAUUUCUUCAACAUGCUUUCAAAUGAUCCGGCACGUGCAUGCUAUGGGCCAAAACAUGUGGAGGUUGCCCAUGAGCGAAUGGCAGUUCAAACACUUCUUAUUACCGACGAUCUCUUCAGGAAUUCGGAUGUAAUUACGAGGCAAAAGUAUGUCGGUUUGGUGAACUCUGUUAAGAAUUCGGGGGGCACUGCUCACAUUUUUUCGUCUAUGCACGUAUCAGGGGAACAACUGGCACAGCUGACCGGCAUUGCGGCAAUCCUUCGUUUCCCUCUUCCGGAUCUGGAAGACAUCGAAAUGUAGGGUACCGUUUUCUUCAUAUGUUCGGAGUUUCCGGCAUCGAGAUUUUAUACUGUACUCAUAUUUCUCCCCCUUUUCGGUCAUAUAUAUAUAAUGUGUUAAUCAGUAUUUGAACUGUAUCAUAUCCAGAUACUAGCGAGUAUUUAAUCAACUCUAGAAGUGUAACAUUAUUUCAUUCAGUGUGUUAUGGAAAUAAAAUAUUUAAUUCAAAA